UGUUUUGUUGUUGUGCUUUUCUUUUUUAGUUUUUGUUUUUGAAAAUGUGCGAACAGCUGGUGUUGGGUUAAAGAAAGAAGACUCAGCUUACACACACAGCAUCUCAUCAUCUGCACAAUCAAAACAACAAAUUCUGUUUUAUCUCUUUUUUUUUGUCUGAAUUUUUAGUUUCGAAGAGUACAACGUUUUCAAAAACACCCCAUAAACCGUGCGUGUCUUCCGUUUCCCUAAACAAAAUCUCUUCGUAGCUGAAAUGAGCUAGCAACACACAAAGUAACAUCUUUCGAAGUGAAACGUUUGAUUUGGGUUAGUGGGUCAGUUUCAAGUUUUGAUUUUGUUGACGUUUUUCUCUGAUCGAUUGAGAAGGUAUAGAAAAUAUACUUUUGGAGCUGAUUGGUGGGAAGGUUAUGGCUUUUUGCCCAAUCUUUUGUUGUGGAAAUGGUUCGGAUCGCAAAGGACGUGGGAAGAAACAACCUCCGUGGCGAGUGUUUUCUUUGAAGGAAUUACACUCAGCUACAAAUAAUUUCAACUAUGAUAACAAACUUGGCGAAGGUGGAUUUGGAAGUGUGUACUGGGGCCAGCUUUGGGAUGGAUCACAAAUUGCAGUAAAAAGAUUGAAAGUUUGGAGCAACAAAGCAGACAUGGAAUUUGCUGUUGAAGUUGAGAUAUUGGCAAGAGUACGACACAAGAAUCUUCUUAGUCUACGUGGCUAUUGUGCUGAAGGCCAGGAACGGCUAAUUGUAUAUGACUAUAUGCCAAACUUGAGCCUGCUCUCUCACCUUCACGGACAGCACUCGGCAGAAAGCCUCCUUGAUUGGAAUCGACGGAUAAAUAUUGCAAUUGGGUCUGCCGAAGGAAUUGUAUAUCUUCACAACCAAGCAACACCGCAUAUCAUCCACAGGGAUGUUAAGGCAAGCAAUGUGUUGUUAGAUUCAGAGUUCCAAGCACGUGUUGCCGAUUUCGGUUUCGCAAAGUUGAUCCCUGAUGGGGCGACACAUGUGACUACAAGAGUUAAGGGCACCCUUGGCUACCUCGCACCUGAAUAUGCUAUGUUAGGUAAAGCAAAUGAGAGUUGUGAUGUCUACAGUUUCGGAAUUCUCCUUCUAGAACUUGCUAGUGGCAAAAAACCCCUUGAGAAACUUAGCUCCUCAGUAAAACGAUCGAUAAACGAUUGGGCACUGCCAUUGGCUUGUGAGCAAAAAUUUAGCGAAAUUGCAGAUCCAAGACUUAAUGGUGACUAUGUGGAGGAAGAGCUUAAAAGAGUUGUGUUAGUUGCUCUAAUCUGUGCUCAGAGUCAACCGGAGAAGAGACCCAACAUGGUUGAGGUGGUAGAGCUACUGAAAGGAGAGUCCAAAGAUAAGGUUUCUCAGUUGGAGAAUAAUGAACUGUUUAAGAGUCCUCUUGCUGUUGGAAAUAAGAAUGAUGGGAUAUCAGCUGCUGAAGGGAGUUCAGAUUUCAUCUCAGAAGAGAAGGAAUCUAAACAUGAGACGGAAGAGAAUACAGAACCUUGAUUAUAAGUGCAAAAAGAUGGAACUGUGAAUUUGAUAUGUUUUGUGAAGUUUUCAGGAUUUUUUUCUAUAAUUAUUUUUCUUUUUAUUGUUGCGGGGAUAUACUGGGCGCUUGUUUAUUAUAGCAGCCGGGUGCUGCAUGUUUGUCUCUAUGAAUGUAGAUUUGAACCAAGGGAAAUGACUGAAAGUUUGUGGAACUAGGGAUUUUGAUAUGUUUUAAGUACAGAUUGUGUGGAGUUUUCAGAAAUUGUAAGAAAACACUUUCUUUUCUUCA